GUGAAAAAACUUACCGUUGACCAAUUUUCAAUAAAAAUAUAUUUAACUAUAGUCUACUUAAACCCCUGUGUGUCGCCCUUCAAACCACUCAAUGAAGAAGACAAAAAUGACAUCAUCAUCAUCAUCAUCAUCAUCAAUGGAGAAGAAAAACCAAAAGGUUCCCUCAAAGUAAACAACCAAAAAAUACCAUAUUUACAAAUAAAUAUAUAUAUACAUAUGGAAAUCCCUGAAAAUUGUUUCAAAGGAUUUACAUCAACAGAAGAAUAUGCGUUGAAAGAAAUGAUGAUGAGGAUGAUGAUGAUGAGAGGUAAAACGACGUCGUCUUCUACUUCGUCGUCAUUAGUUUUGGAUAAUGAAAAGGGUGAAAUUGUAAGGGCUCCUAUAGUUACACCUGGAAUUAAUUAUGGGAAUAAUAAUAGUAAUAUGAGCAAUAUUUAUAGUUAUGAUAAUAAUAAUAAUCAUAAUUAUAAUAAUAAUAAUGUUUAUUCUAAUUAUAAUAAUAAUGGAAAGAGAGGGGUUAAAGCUGAAAAAGCGCUAAUGGCGUUAAGGAAUCAUAGUGAAGCUGAGAGAAGAAGAAGAGAGAGAAUUAAUGGUCAUCUUUCUAUGCUUCGCAGUCUUGUUCCGGGCACUACUAAGAUGGACAAAGCGUCAUUACUAGCUGAAGUUAUCUCCCAUUUGGUACAACUGAGGAGGACUGUCACCGAAUCCACUAAAGGUGUUCUUAUACCAAUGGAUAUUGAUGAAGUAAAAGUUGAACAACAAGAUGGGAACAAUGUAGAUGUAUCCACAUAUUCCAUAAGAGCAUCUCUAUGUUGUGAAUAUAAACAUGAAGUCCUUUCUGAUUUAAAAGAAGCUCUUGAUGGUCUCCAUUUAAAAACAGCCCGUGCAGAAAUAGCAACUUUAGGAAGCAGGAUGAUGAACCAUUUGUUAAUUACGGGUAGCAAAGAUGAAGUAAACAUCAAAGAUAUCACGAGCUCUGUACACCAAGCGCUCAAAUCUGUACUUGAUAAAUUCUACGCUUCACAGGAAUUCUCUGAAAGCAAUAAUAUGUCAAACAAAAGGCGGAGGGUGUCCUUCUUUACCCCCUCAAACUCGUCUUAGUUGGGAGACUUCUGGUGAACAAGGUCAUAUCUUAAAAUCUUAAAUAGAUGGUGUCUGUUUAUAUGGUAUAGGUAUGCAAAAGUGAUUUACAAAUUUCGUUUUGGAUGCAUCUGCCAAACUUAUUGCACCUUCAGUUGUAGAUUAUGAAAACUGGACCUGUUCAUUUUUUUUUUAACUUCUAGAUGAAUGUUGUAUCAUGUUAAUGUUGGAUUUGGAUUAUCUAAUGUUCAAAAUGAACAUAAUGGGUGAUGUUGGAAUUUCUAUUAGAGUGCCAUCUUAAUCUUAAUUUAAGAUUUCACAUCUCAUAUAGUUCUAACAUGACCCGUCAUGUUCAAAAUGAACACGAGAGUAUCUUGAUCCGUCAAUAUUAUCUUAUAUAUAUGCAUUUUUAAUUUUGCUUUA